UGUAGGAACAGUUAUAAGAGUUCACAAAACUCAGGACAGUACAGAUAUCCCCCAAAUGUCAGGACGGUACAACAGAGAUAUCCCCCCACAAUGUCAGGACGGUACAGAUAUCCCCCAAAUGUCAGGACGGGACAGAUAUCCCCCAAAUGUCAGGACGGGACAGAUAUCCCCCAAAUGUCAGGACGGUACAGAUAUCCCCUCAAAUGGUCAGAACGGUACAGAUAUCCCCCAAAUGUCAGGGGACGGUACAGAUAUCCCCCAAAAUGUCAGAACGGUACAGAUAUCCCCCAAAUGUCAGGACAGUACAGAUAUCCCCCCAAAUGUCAGGACAGUACAGAUAUCCCCCAAAUGUCAGAACAGUACAGAUAUCCCCCAAAUGUCAGGACAGUACAGAUAUCCCCAAAUGUCA